AUGAUUAUUGGUUCUAUGAACAUUAGGGGAGGAGGUAGUUCUUUAAAGAGAAGGAGGGUGAAUUCUAUCAUAAAGAAAGGGAAAGCGGAUAUUUUCAUGAUUCAAGAAACAAAGAUUAAAGAUUUUAAGGACUAUUUUGCUAAGAGUUUUUGGAGUGGUCAAGAUAUUGGAUGUUCUUUCUCUAAUUCUUUGGGAGCUUUAGGGGGAUUAUUAAUUCUUUGGAAGGAGGGAAAUGUGGAGGUGGUUAGUAGCUUUAGAGGGGAAGGUUAUCUAGGCAUCAAGGUGAAGUGGGAAGAUCAUUGGUAUUAUGUUAUAAAUGUUUACUCUUCAUGUGUUCUGGAAAAAAAGAAAAGGUUGUGGGAAAAUUUGUUGUGUUUGAAGGAGAACUUCAAAGAUGGGGAGUGGAUUAUUGGAGGGGAUUUCAACGCCACAAAAAAUAGUAGAGAAAAAAAGAGGAUAGCGGCGGCGGUAAACCAAAGCGAAAUGAAUCUCUUUGCGGAUUUCAUCCACAAUUCUUCUUUGGUGGAUAUUCCGUGUAAGGGCAAGAAGUAUACGUGGUAUAGUGGAGAUGGUAAGUCAAUGAGUAGAAUUGACCGUUUUCUUAUUUCGGAUGCGAUGGUGGAUUGA